UUUAGGGAAUCCGUGCAUGUGUAGAGUCCGAAAAUGCUGAUCGCGUCCUGGCGAAGUGCGUUCGGCGAAAAGCAGUUUUCAGGUGCAUCGCGGUCCCCACGCCCGGCCCGCAGCUUCCCACACAAAACGGCGGCGCCACGGCCACCACUCGCUCCCUCACCCGCCCCGAUCAUGCCCUCGUUCCUCCCCCGCCUCACACGCGUACUACUCCCCUCCUCCUCUCUUCGUCCUCUUCUUCGCUCUCUUCGGAGCUCGACCAUGGCGGCGGCGGCGGCGGGGGGGACGAGGGCGAGGCUUAGAGGGGUGGUGUUCGACAUGGACGGGACCUUGACGGUGCCCGUCAUCGACUUCCCCGCCAUGUACCGUGAGGUGCUCGGCGACGAGGCGUACGACGCCGCCAAGCGCGCCGGGGGCGGCGCCGUCGACAUCCUCCACCACAUCGAGGCGUGGCCCCCGGCCGAGCAGAGGCGCGCCUACGAGGUCAUCGUCCGCUUCGAGCAGCAGGGCCUCGAUCGCCUCCAGAUCAUGCCCGGUGCUCAGGAACUCUGCGAAUUUCUCGAUUCUAGACGAAUAAGAAGGGGUUUAAUCACUCGUAAUGUGAAGGCUGCUGUUGAUUUGUUUCACCAAAGAUUCGGUAUGAAGUUCACUCCAGCACUGAGCAGGGAAUUUCGUCCUUAUAAGCCAGAUCCAGCUCCGUUGCUGCAUAUUUGUUCAACUUGGGGCCUUCCUCCAAAUGAAGUGAUGAUGAUAGGCGACAGCCUUAAAGAUGACAUAGUAUGUGGGAAAAGAGCUGGAGCCUUUACAUGUUUACUGGAUGAAGCCGUGAGGUAUGGCUCCCUGGAGACUGUAUGCAACGAUUUGAAACCAGAUUUCAAGGUGUCUUCCCUUUCUGAAGUCUUUUCUGUACUGGAAACCCAUUUUGAUCUGAUGCAACAAGCUGAAGCAGCUUAGGGAGCCUCAGAGUCACUGGAUCUUAAAUUUCUUUCCCUCGUGUACACUACUGGCCUCAUAGGAUUUGCCGUCGUAGUAUUUUGACCAGCUCUGUUGCCAUUCUUUUGAAGUUUCAAGUUGCAUUCAACUUAAACCACUCCUAAUUCUAGUUUCCUUGAGAUCUUUUCAAACAAAAGAUCUGGCAGCAAUAUUGCUUUCGCCUGUUGUAAUUCAUGCUAUGUACAGUUUGAUCAUGUCUUCUCAUUACACUUCCAGAUACGACUUCAAUAAAAGGUUUUUGGUUGUUCGUUAGUCUA